UAACAGCUGUUAGUACGAGCAGCCUUUUAUUUCAAACAGUACCUGAAUGUUCAUUUUUGCAACGUAAUCUUGUAAUGUGGGCAAUUUUCAAGCAAGGUGAAGACGUAACGUCUGAGGAGUCCGGUCCUGCAGAUUUCGAACGGGCUAUAAAUAAUUCUGGUUAUGGAAAGUUCAACUUCUUGUUGCUGUUGGCCGUUCUGCCCGCAAGUUUCUCCAGCAUCUUCUCGUCAUCGGCGAUGUCAUACGUUUUACCGUCGGCAGAAUGCGACUUAAGCCUGACCAUGUUCGACAAAGGUCUACUCAACUCGAUGACGUUCGCAGGUAUGAUCAGCACCUCGUUUUUCUGGGGAUUUAUGACCGACACGUUUGGUCGGAAGAAGAUAAUGUUCUAUGGUUACAUGUUCACCGGAAUCUUAAGUUUGGCGACGUGUUUUUCGCAUACCUCGUGGCUUUUAAUUUUGUUCAAGUUUCUCGAUGGUGUUGUCAUAUCCGGCCCAUACGCUGCGCUAAUGUCUUAUUUAGCGGAAGUGCACAACGAGUCGCAACGAUCUCGAACUUACAUGUGGCUAGGAGUAUUUUUCUCCCUUGGAAACAUUUCUCUACCUUGUAUCGCGUGGUUGAUCAUACCCCAGAAAUGGACCAUCAAUCUCGUGAGCGGUACCGUGGAUAUUAGCUCGUGGCGAGUAUUCCUAGCAAUUUGUUCGUUACCAGAAUUUUUUGCAUGCAUAGCAAUGUUUGCGCUUCCCGAGAGCCCGCGUUUUCUUAUUUUGAAGGGCAGAAGAGAAGAGGCUCUCCAGGUUUUCAAGAGAAUAUACGCGCUGAACACAGGCAAGGAUCCAGACACAUAUCCUAUAAAGGAUCUCGAGGACGAGUAUUUCGUUGAGACGACAAACGACACUGUGAAGGAUAAGAUACGCUCCUGCUGGCAACAAAUCAGACCUCUGUUCGUGUCACCAAACAUCGUCAAACUUAUCGCGAUAAGUUUGAUUCAAAUGGGCGCGACAAUAGGGUCAGACUGAAUGAAUGCUCUUCUCAAACAACUUGCAUUAUCGUUCGCUCUUUAACCCUUUCACUGUGCUGUUGGCGCUAAAUCUUCUCGCACUGCACUUUUGGUACACUUUCGCCUUAAUUCAAUCCUUAAGUUUUGCUUAAAAUUCCAUCUUUCGAGUCAAAAGUACAUUUUGGUGAAAUACCAAUCAAAAUUCACAAUUAGUAAUUUGCAUUUUUCAGCAACGUGCUUCACUGUAGCAGCUGCCUGUUGCGCUUCUCUUUAUUGGGCUGAAAGCGCCAAUAGUAUCCUCGGGUUAUGCUCAGUUUUCGUAGCUAUGUCGAGUAUAGCCGGUGCCUGUGUUGUAAACGUCAUUGUCGACAAUUUUCCAACAUGCUUAAGGACUAUGGCAGUUAGCUUGACUAUGAUGGUUGGCAGAAUUGGUGCUGUCCUAGGGAAUUUACUGUUCCCAGUUUUGUUCAAUUUAUCUUGCCUGGGUCCCUUUGUUAUGAUUGGCUCUGCUUCGUUAGUAUCGGCGUUAUUGGUGAUCCUUCUUCCACGGAAACAUUCGAAAAAGGAUAAAGCAAAGGAAGUUGCUUGA